UGUGUGUGUCUGUGUGUGUGUGUAUGUGUGCGUGCGCGCGCGCGCGCGUGUGUGCAGGCUCAGAGGAGACGCUUGGAGAGAGCAGACGUCCUCUGGACUCUGGAGGACGAGGUGAGCUGAGGUGCUCAGCUUUACUGAAGAUCUUGUGGCUGCAGCUUCGAGGUGCUGGGCUUCAUACACCCUUAAGAUUGGAAGAAAACCUGCGGUGGAUUCUGGAUUUAACUGCUUCGACGUGGUCGUGUUCAGAGGUGCCUGGAGCCGAUACUUAAGAGGGGUAAAGAGAGAACGGAAUCUCCUCUUGGCCACAGGAAGAUACUGCUUAGCCUCCCAAAAGAUGGACAGAAGAAAAGAUUAUGGAUAUAGGAUGCCCACAUUCCAGGGCCCUUUGCCUCCCCCUGGGAGCCUGGGGCUUCCUUUCUCUCCAGAUGUACAGACCGAGACCACCGAAGACGACAGUGUUUUGCUGAUGCAUACCCUGUUGUCAGCAACCAAGGAUCCACCUAUUGCCAGCCGGCCUAAGAAAAACAAGACCAAAAAGACUCCUAUUAAGGCUACUACUAAGACCACAUCAGCAGCCCCUCCAGGCCCAUCUGCCAAUGAGAUUGCCAUCAACAAGCCCAAAAUAACUUUGCAGGCUUUAAACCUACCAGUUCUCACCCAGAUGAGCCAGUCUUCAGCUACCACUGGGGCAGCCAGUAUUCAGGUUUCACCAGUCACUUCUCAGCCUAAGAAAGCCAACAAGACAAAGAGAGCUACUCCCAAGGCAUCACAAGGUUCCCAAUCCUCAACUGGCAAUGAGGAUGUCACUACACAGUUCAAGUCACCCUUGCAGGCCCUACCAGUUGCCUCACACACUAUCCAUUCUCCAGUUGCCAGUGAGUCAGGGAAUUCUUUGGCCUUGAUAGCCUCCAGCAAGCCUAAGAAAGCUUCCAAGGCUAAGAAGGCCACUAACAAGGCCACAGGUAGUGCCACUGAAAUCUCACUGGCCCUACCUACUACCUACACAGCUAAUUUCCAAGGCCAUACUGCCAAUGAGACAGCUAAUGUCCAGACCACAGUAGCCUCUAUUCGAGCCAAGAAAGCUUCCAAGGCCAAGAAGACAGCUGCUAAAGCCACAAAUACUGACAGUGACCAUCUAGAGUCCUCAAAUGCUAUGGAAGCAGCAAGCAGACAGAUUGAGGCCUCAGCAGCUCUGAGGCCCAAAAAACCUAAGAGCAAGAAGGUUUCCAAUAAGGGCUCAACUUGUGCCUCUGAGCUCUCUGAGGCCCAACCUCCCAUUCAAAUGGUCACAAAUCAUGCCCUGUCUGUCACCAUGCGCAUCAGGAGAGGGUCCAGGGCUCGAAAGGCUGCUACUAAGGCUCGGGCAACUGAAAGCCAGACCCAAAUUACUGAGCAAGGGGCUCAGGCCAAGAUGGCUACCUCUCAGACCAGUGUAAGUGCCCUUGAGACUCAGGUUGCUGCUGCCGUCCAUGCCUUGGCAGAUGACUAUCUGGCACAUUUGAGUUUGGAGCCCACUGCUAGAACCCGGGGCAAAAGGAACCGAAAGUCAAAACAUCCAAAUGGGGAAGAAAGAAGUGGCAGCAAUUACAGACGGAUCCCCUGGGGUCGGAGGCCUCCGCCACCCCGAGAUGUGGCCAUUUUGCAAGAAAGGGCAAAUAAAUUGGUGAAAUACCUGUUAGUUAAGGACCAGACAAAGAUUCCCAUCAAGCGCUCAGACAUGCUGAAGGAUGUCAUCCAGGAAUAUGAUGAAUAUUUCCCAGAGAUCAUUGAGCGAGCAAGCUAUGCUCUGGAGAAGAUGUUUCGAGUCAAUCUGAAGGAAAUUGAUAAGCAAAGUAGCUUGUAUAUCCUCAUCAGCACUCAGGAGUCCUCUGCAGGCAUACUGGGAACGACCAAGGACACACCAAAGUUGGGUCUCCUCAUGGUGAUUCUGAGUGUCAUUUUCAUGAAUGGCAACAAGGCCAGUGAGGCUGUCAUCUGGGAGGUGCUGCGCAAGUUGGGGCUGCGCCCUGGGGUAAGGCAUUCACUUUUUGGAGAAGUGAGGAAGCUCAUCACAGACGAGUUCGUGAAGCAGAAAUAUCUGGAAUACAAGAGAGUCCCCAACAGCAGACCACCUGAAUAUGAGUUCUUCUGGGGCCUGCGUUCUUACCAUGAGACUAGCAAGAUGAAAGUUCUCAAGUUUGCAUGCAAGGUGCAGAAGAAAGACCCCAAGGACUGGGCUUCUCAGUACCGGGAGGCAGUAGAGAUGGAAGUUCAAGCCGCAGCAGUGGCUGUGGCUGAGGCUGAGGCCAGGGCCGAAGCGAGAGCCCAGAUGGGAAUUGGAGAGGAAGCUGUGGCCGGACCUUGGAAUUGGGACGACAUGGAUAUUGACUGCCUAACGAGGGAAGAGUUAGGGGACGAUGCUCAGGCCUGGAACCGAUUUUCAUUUGAAAUUGAAGCCAGAACCCAAGAAAAUGAGGAUGUCACCAGCAAUAUUGACUUCAACCCAGGAGCUAGUACCAGGAGUAGUUUGAGUGAUAGUGCUGGUAUUAGCUUCAGUGGUGGACCCAGCCCCAGUGGUGGCUUUGGUGGCAGGGCAGGCAUCACUUUCGGUGCAGCACCAAACACCAGUGCCAGCUUUAGUGGCGGAGCCAGCAUUAGCUUUGGUGACGUAUCCAACGGUAGCACUGGUUUCUGCAGUGCGGCCGGCAUUAGCUUUGGUGGUGCGCCCAGUACCAGUACCAGUUUCAGCAGCACGGCGAGCAUUAGCUUUGGUGGUGGACCCACCACCAGUACUAGUUUCAGUGGCGGAGCCAGUAUUAGCUUUGGCGGUGCACCUUGUACCACUGCCACUUUCAGUGGCAGAGCCAGCUGUGGCUUUGGAGGCCCACUCAACAGCACCGCAGCUGCCUUUAGUGGGGCACUCAGCCCGAGCACCAGCUUUGGCAGAGCACCCACUACAAGCACCGUCUUCAGUGGUGCACUCAGCACCACCACUGGCUUUGGAGGCACACUUAGCACCAGUGUCUGCUUUGGUAGCUCUCCCAGCUCUGGUGCCAGCUUCGGAGGCACACUGAGUACCAGUAUCUGCUUUGGUGGUUCUCCUAGCACUAGCACUGGUUUUGGUGGCACACUUAGCACCAAUGUCUCCUUUGGUGCCUCUUCUAGUACUACUUCUGACUUUGGGGGCGCCCUAAGCACAAGCAUCAGCUUUGGCAGCGCCAUCAGCACCGGUGCCAACUUAGGCAGUGCACUCAGUAGCAGUGCCAGCUUUGGCGGUGCCAUCAGCACCGGUGCCAAUUUAGGUGGCGCACUCAAUAGCAGCGCCAGCUUUGGCAGCGCCAUCAGCACCGGUGCCAGCUUAGGCAGUGCACUCAACAGCAGUACCAGCUUUGGCGGUGCCAUCAGCACCGGUGCCAGCUUAGGAGGUGCACUCUGUAGCAGUGCCAGCUUUGGCAGCGCCAUCAGCACUGACGCCAACUUAGGUGGUGCACUCAGCAGCAGUGCCAGCUUUGGUAGCGCCAUCAGCACUUGUGCCAGCCUAGGUGGUGCACUCAACAGCAGUGUCAGCUUUGGUAGUGCCAUCAGCACCAGUGCCGAUUUUGGUGGUGCCGUCAGCACCAGUGCCAGUUUUGGCGGGGCACUUAAUGCAAGUGCUGGCUUUGGAGGUGCUUCCAGCAACAACCCUGACUUCGGCGAUGCCUUCAGCACCAGCGUUGGCUUCAGUGGCGCACUCAGUACCACUGACUUUAAUGGUAGCCCCAGCAACAGCAUUAGCUUUGGCAGUUCUCCCAAUACUAGAGUCAGUUUUGGUGGCGCUCAGAGCACCAGCCUCUGUUUUGGUGGAGUGCCCAGCACCAACCUUUGCUUUGGCAAUGCCUCUAGCACCAACCUAUGUUUCAGUGGCUCUGCCAACACCAGUUCCUGCUUUAGUGGUGUUACUAGUGCUAGUUACAGUGAGGGGCCCAACACCAGUGCUGCUUUUAGCUUUGGCAGUGGGUUAAGCACCAGUGCUGGCUUUGGAAGUGGACUGAGCACCAGUGCCGCUUUUGGUGGCAGCCUAGGUACCAGCACUGGCUUUGGUGACAGCUUAGGCCCCAGCUCGGGUUUUGAUGAUGGCCUAGGCGCCAGCACUGGCUUUGGUGGUAGACUAAGCACCAACAGUGAUUUUGGUGGUGGACUAAGCGCUAGCACUGACUUCAGUGGGGGACUGGGCACCAAUGCUGGCUUCAGUGGUGGACUAAAUACCAGCACUGACUUCAGUGGGGGACUGGGUGCCAGUGCUGGCUUUGGUGAUGGACUUGGCAGCAGCACUGGCUUCGGUAGUGGAUUGGUCUCUAGUGAUGGCUUUGCUAGUGGACUUGGUACCCAUGCUGGCUUUGGCAGCACACUUGGCACUGCUACAGGCUUUAAUGUUAGCCUCAGUGCCAGUGAUGGCUUUGGCGGUGGGCCUAAUGCCAGCUUUGACAGAGGACUGAGUACCAUCAUCGGCUUUGGCAGUGAUUCCAACACCAGCACGGGCUUUACUGGUGAAGCCAGCACCAGCUCAAGCUUCAGUAGCGGACCCAAUUCUAUUAUUGGCUUUAGUGGUGGACCAAGCACCGGUGCUGGCUUCUGCAGAGGACUAAGCACUGGUGGCUUUGGUGGUGGACCAAGCACAGGAACUGGCUUCGGUGGACCAAGCACUGGAUCUGGCUUCCUCGGUGGACUGAGUACCGGUACUGGCUUCAGUGGUGGACUAAGUAGCAAUGCUGGCUUUGGUGAUGGACUGAACCCCAAUGGUGGAUUCAGCGGUGGACCAAGCACCAGUGCUGGCUUUGGUGGUGGAGCCACUAGCCUUGGUGCCUGUGGCUUCUCCUAUGGCUAGUUGUUUCAGGGUCAUCCCCCUUUACAGAUCCCACUAAUAAGUAGCAGCAGUAUUUCCAUGGAAUCGAGGUACAGCUUUGGAAUCUUUAUCCACAGCAACUGCUACCCAUCAGCUGAGUGUGUCCCACUAUGACAGAUCUGUCUGCUGUUCCUGCUUUGUUGUUUGCUUCCUGUGUGCUCUCAUAUUUUGGUAUCAGAAUUACAUUAAAUUUGCCAAAUGCA